GCAAAUCUGCGGAACAGCUUUACGGCAAAGGAUGCCGUUUCUGUGCAAUCGUCCCGAAAAGUGAAGAACACAUUAAACCCUCACUUUCACGAAGACUUCAUCUUCGAAGUCGACAAAUUCGAGGCCAUUAAGAAUCUGGUCCUAAGACUAUCGCUCUAUGAUCACGAAAGACAGGGACGGUUUGACGCCAUCGGACAUAUAGUACUACCCCUCUGUUGUAUGAGUAAAGCCGGCGAAUCCAAUAAACAUAACCUUCCCUUUAAGUCUCAGACAUCCUGUGUUCUCAAUGCCAAUGGACCGCAACUAUUGGUUUCAUUGAGUUAUUCGUCGUCAACCGAUAGACUGACGGUCGGAAUAUUGCGCUCAAAAAGACUUCUUAUUAAGAAAUGUUCACUCUUUGAGAGUUUACUUAAAGGAACCAACAAUUUGCUAGUUUUGGUGGAGAACAACACCGAACCUGUCUAUAACCAAACGUUUAAUUUUGUCGCUCCGCACGGAUUUAUUGACGAAAUAUCAGUUGUCAUAACCGUCUGUCUUAAGGGGAAACUAAAGUUUGAUAGCGUUAUCGGACGAGUCAUCUCCGGUCCAAUUGCUUUCGCAUCCAAUGAUAAACUCACUCAUUGGGGAAAAAUGAUGUUCGGCUCAGAGAGACAUUGCGAAUAUCUUAACUCAACCAAGACUUUAAUGCCAGAUAUUAUGAGAAAGUCUAGUAUGUGGCCAGACAUGUCCAUCAAGACUACCAUUCAGGUGCUCUCACCGGUGGUCUCUCUGGUUCUGUAUAAUAGACGGGAAUAUUCUAAAACUAAUGGACGGAUGGAGAAAGGUUUCAGUUGUGGCAAAACCCUAAACCAAAGAACUGAUGGCAACUGUUAUUACGAGAGACACAUCUCAUCGUUGGUUAUCAUUCAUAAGAAUCAACUAAAGACAUGA